AUGCUCUUGGUGGACCCUGAGCCGUUGCUCGAUAGCUCCUUCUCCCCUUCCGUUAUCAGCGACAGCAGCAGCUUUCCAAGUGUAACCGAAGACCUCUCACUGCAGGAUGUAUCCUCUGAGAGUGGACCUCCAAGCUUUCUCAAUGGUACUCUGAAGCGUGCGCCGAGUUUCUGUUCAGAAGAUGCUUCCAGUUCUGCUGCAGGAGAUGUAAACGUCAAAGAUCCUCUGGCUACUUCUAGUGGCUCCAAUGCGGAAUUGGUGCCGAUCAAAGGGCAGAUUAAAGAAGAAAUUCGGGGUACUGUAGGUAAACCUCGCAGUUCCCUCGUCUCUGACUGUAUCCCUUUUUGGGGCCAUGUUUCCAUCUGUGGAAGAAGACCAGAGAUCGAAGAUGCUGUGGCAAUAGUGCCGCGAUUUUCUGAAAUCCCCCUCCAGUUGCUAGCGGGCCCCCAUCUUGUUGAUGGUGGACUCGAAACGAAUCCCACUCAAUCGAUUGGCCAUUUUUUUGGGGUCUAUGAUGGCCAUGGAGGAGCUCAGGUUCUGCUCUUCAUCUCAACUUUACCUUAUUUUCAUUCUGUUUAUCAUGUUAUACCAUGCUGUCAUGAACAUCACCAUUUUCUUUCAGGUAGCUAAUUACUGUCAGGAACGAGUUCAUCUGGCAUUAUAUGAGGAGAUUAGGAAUCUUGGGGAAGCUUCAAGUGCCACAAGUGAGGAAGAUUUUCAGAAGACAUGGGAGAGCGCCUUUACUAAAUGCUUCAUAAAGGUUGAUGCUGAGGUUGACGGGAGAGCGGAGAGAGGAGGUUCUGAUACCUCCCAACAGAACAGCUGUGUUGUCCCUGCCAAUCCUGUCGCGCCCGAAACCGUGGGAUCUACUGCUGUAGCGGCUGUCCUCUGCUCUUCGCACAUCAUCGUCGCCAAUUGUGGGGAUUCCAGGGCUGUGCUUUGUCGUAGCAAGCGAGCCUUGCCUUUAUCAGUGGAUCAUAAAGUAAAGCAUGCGCAUAAUUUUCUUGACUUUCCAUUCUUAUGACUACUCUGUCGAGAAUGUAUCUAACAGCAGAUAUAAAUUAUAUGCUUCAGCCCAACAGAGAGGAUGAAUACGCGAGGAUUGAAGCAGCUGGCGGGAAGGUCAUACAGUGGAAUGGGUAUCGUGUAUUUGGUGUUCUUGCGAUGUCAAGGUCAAUAGGUAAGCAUUUAUUUGCAUCAGCGAAGGACGGGAAAACUUUCUCCUGCAUGAAAUACUCUUUGCAAAUAUUUACUACUAAUAUUUGACAUUAGAACCAUCCGUUGUUCGCAACUCCUCUGUUUCAUAGCUCCAUAUUGAUUCACUCUGUUCACUAGCUUUUGUGAAAUCUACUUGUAUUGCACGGUAACCUCUAAAUAAAUAAAAAAGAUUGAACUUAGUUUUCUAAAUAAGAACAAAAUGCCAUGACUAUUCUCAUAUGAUUUCUCUUGGUGGAAUCAUUGCUUGAAUCCGCUGAGGCCGCGUUCCUGCCCAAGAAACUUUCUCUCUAUGACCAAGAAUUUGACAGCGCUUCAUCUUGCAUUUUGCUGUAUGUCUUGCGUUGUCAUAUGUUUCUCAUCUCCUCUCACAAGUCUCCCUAAUGUAAGAGUAGUAACACUGCAUGCAAUACUGGCGUGACUGUGAUGAAUGGUGCUGUGGAGCUUGUUACAUUAAUCAGAGGAACUGACAGAAAACCCAGUCAAUGGUUCCAGAAAAUGAGACGAGCUAUCGUGAACUAGAGGUGAGGAGGACAGACUUUGCAAGAAUCAGAGGAACUGUCUCUUGGUCAGUGGCAUAUCUAAUUAAAUGGCCCGACGACUGGGUAACCAACACUGAUUUCCUUCUAUGUUCAUCGGGAAAUUCCUUCUUGCCAAUGCUCUUGUGCAUUUCUCGCCUUACAUUCUUCAUUUCCACCAAAAAAAAUUAUACUACUCAAAAGAACAUGCGUUUUUUUACUCCCAAGGUAAAUGAGCUUUCAGCUGCUUACUCAUCCUUUGAGAAGGUCUACUGUGCGUCAGGUGGCAUUCACUGUGUCCGUCUUUUCCUUCCCAGUAUUGGGGCCUUCCCUUUUGCUGAGAUUCUCUCUGGUUAGAAACCUCAUGUAAAUAGACCCUCCAUUUAUGUUUAUAUUCCAUGCCGUGGAAUGCCUGCGACGAUGAUAUUCGUGUGUGUGACUGAGCGACGGGAGAGGUGGUCUCCGCAGGUGACAGAUAUCUGAAGCCGUGGGUUAUCCCCGAACCGGAGGUCACCUGCGUCGCUCGGGCGAGGGAGGACGAGUGCCUCAUCCUCGCCACCGACGGCCUUUGGGACGUCAUGUCCGACGAGGAGGCCUGCGACGCCGCCCGCCGGAGGAUCCUCGUCUGGCACAAGAAGAACGCCGGCACGGAGCGCGGCGGAGGCGGCCGCGGAGGAGCGGACCCCGCCGCUCAGGCCGCCGCCGAGUACCUCUCCCGGCUCGCCCUCCGGCGGGGCAGCAAGGACAACAUCACCGUGGUGGUCGUCGAUCUGAAGGCGCGGAGGAAGUUCAGGACGACCAACCCCUGA